GCGGAGCGCGGCGCUGCUGUGCCUCUCGGCGCUGCUGCGGCUCGGCGCUGCUGCCCCGCUCGGUGCGGUCACCUUCGGCCGCCCCGGCCGCCAUCAUGCUGCUCCUGCCGGACGAGGCGCGCUCCCUGCCGCCGCCCCCCAUCGUCAACAAGGGCUCGGUCUGGCUGGGGCUGUGCGGGUGGCUCUCGGCGCUGCUGGAUAACGCCUUCAACCGUCGGCCCGUCCUCCGAGCCGGGGUUCACCGCCAGGUGCUGUUCACCAGCGUGGGAUGGUUCGUGGGCUACUUCCUCAUUAAGCGCACCGAGUACGUGUAUGCCAAAGCCGACAGAGAGCUCUUCGAGUACAUUAGGCAGCACCCAGAGGACUUCAAAACAGGAGAGAAGAAGAGAAUAGGAGAGCUGCUGGAGGAUUUCCACCCAGUUCGCUGAGCGUUUCUCCAGCAGUGAUGUGUCACAGGAGGCAUCUGCUGAACCAGUUCCAUACUGAGAGCUUCAGCAAGGUGGCUGUAGCUGCUCAACCAUCCAUGGCUGGGAAAGUGAACCAUUUCUGGCUUUCAUGUAAUAAAGGCUACGAAUAACUGGUGA